GGAGUCCCACGGGAUCUCACAGCCAAUCAGCAGCGAGGAUGGAGCCCGCCAUCAGCUGGUGCUGGAUCCCGCCUGUAAGAGGAGUCCACGGCACGGCAGUCGCCCCUUAAACCUCGGCCUCACUGCCUCAGUGGACCAAGGGUGGCACAGGGCAUCGCUGCUGUGAUCGUGAUUCGCAAAUCUGAUACUUUCUUUGGUCUGUGGUUUAAGGUCUUAUUGCAGAGCAAAAUGGGAGAUGCUGAAGCAGGCAAGAAGAUCUUUGUUCAGAAGUGUGCUCAGUGCCACACAGUGGAGAAGGGCGGGAAACACAAGACCGGCCCAAAUCUCUGGGGCCUCUUCGGCCGAAAGACAGGACAAGCACCAGGAUUUUCUUACACUGAUGCGAACAAGAACAAAGGUGUUAUCUGGUCAGAAGAAACCUUGAUGGAGUAUUUGGAGAACCCAAAGAAAUACAUCCCUGGCACUAAAAUGGUCUUUGCUGGUAUCAAAAAGAAGAGUGAGAGAGAAGAUCUUAUUCGGUAUUUAAAAGAAGCAACAUCCUCAUGAAGUAGUAUUACAGCUUCAAAAAUAUUAGUUACCAGUUUCAACUAUUGUGUUCAAUAAGAAGCAUAUCUGACUUUUUUGAUCAGCCUGAAGUAAUUUUAACUUGUUAAAAUAAAGGUUGAUGUGUAAAGUCCA